GAAGAAAAGGAGAUCAGCCUCCAUGUCUGUAUUGCCCAGGUGUACUUCAUUGCCACACUCCAAUGCACUGAAUCUGCCGUGCUUUUGUUCAUGUCCUUCGACCGCUUCAUCGCCAUAAGUAACCCACUGAGAUAUGCUUCCAUUUUAACCCUUCCAAGAAUAGCUAAGAUGGGGCUGGAGAUCAGCCUCCAUGCCUGUAUUGCCCAGGUGUACUUCAUUGCCACAUUUCAAUGCACUGAAUCUGCCGUGCUUUUGUUCAUGUCCUUCGACCGCUUCAUCGCCAUAAGUAACCCACUGAGAUAUGCUUCCAUUUUAACCCUACCAAGAAUAGCUAAGAUGGGGCUGUUCCAAUACUGUCGAUCCAAUGUCCUCUCCCAUUCCUACUGCCGGAAUGAGGACAUUGUGAAGUUGGCUUGUUCGGAUAUCAGAGGAUGCGGCAUGUAUGGCUUGAUUGUUAGAAUCUUAACAAUGGGGUUGGAUGUGCUGCUCAUCUUCUUCUCUUAUGUGAUGAUCCUCAAAACAGUGCUGAGCAUUGCAUCUCCAGCAGAGUGCCUCAAGGCACUGAACACCUGCGUCUCCCAUCUCUGUGCUAUCCUGCUUUUUUACAUUCCAGAGUUCAGCUUGUCCGUGAUACACAGAUUCGCGAAUGGCACUUCUCCUUUGCUUCGCAUUCUUCUGAGCUACAUCUCCCUGCUUGCCCCACCCCUGAUGAACCCAAUUGUGUACAGCGUGAAAAGCAAACAUCUCCGUGCGAGGAUAAUCAAGAUGUUCACCAAGUGA